GCCCAUUUACCUUUGUCAUCACACUACCAUCGCAAAGUGGGGUUUCGUCCAUUCUCAGCUCCGCCGCCUCCUCUCCUCGUGCCGACGACGAUGGCCACCAUUGCUGCUGCCGUCUCUGCUCGAACUCUCAUGACCUUGCUCGCUCGUCGCUCUUAUUGGACAGCCAACACCGCCGCGAGGGCUCUAGCGGUCUCUUUCCAAGCCCCUACCCUUCCGAACUCGUCUCUCUUCAAAAGGAGUGCUGCUACACUCGUCGCCCAGACAGUUCGGUUACCGUUCAAGAAUCAUGCGUCCUCCCUCUCAGCUCGAUACUUCUCCGCGCUGAGUCCUGAGAUGAAGUCGACACUAGAUAAGUUGAUUCAGUCCCACAAGGUCCUGCUUUUCAUGAAAGGAACCAAAGAUUUUCCUCAGUGCGGUUUCUCGAACGCUGUUCUGCAAAUAUUAAAGACGUUGAACGUACCCUUUGAGACAGUGAACAUACUCGGAGAUGAUACUUCUCUGCGUGAGGGGAUGAAGGCAUACUCCAGCUGGCCAACUUUUCCCCAACUCUACAUUGAUGGAGAGUUCUACGGUGGCUGUGAUAUUACUAUUGAAAAAUUCAAGAGUGGGGAGUUGCAGGAACGAUUAGAGAAAGCAUUGUCUUCUUGAUGGUCUUUCAUCUUCAGAUAAUUUUGAUGUUCUGGACCUCGUGGAAUUUUGAGACCGCCCUGUCUGUGUGUAUCCUUUUCCUCACAGCAAUCAUAUAAAUCAGGAACCUAUUGCUUAAAGAAAUUUGCCCGUACAAAGGACAUGGAGAUGUUUGAUGAAGCCACUUGUAAGAUGCUCAUCACUCAGAAAACUGCACACCAUCGUUAGGCUACACUAGGUAAAAGACCACAUGAUGGUGAUGCGAGUUAGCUCUUGUCGGGUUCAACAAGUGUAGGAGAAAUAAAAACUCCUUACUACAUGCUCCUAAGGUAGGGAAGAGUAGUGUAGGUCCCACUACCAUUUCUAAAGAUAUGAUCAAUUGUGUGUAUACAGAUUUACAAUACCAAGUCUAUUGGAAUCGUCACAGGGGGAGUGCCACUCACUGGCACAAAAAUAUUUUUUUCA